CUCCCACGAGCGUCGUCUCGCCGCCGUAGCCGUCACCACGCAUGAUUGGAACCACACACGCUUGUCAUCUCACAGUUCUGGGGGCAGAGAUCUGACGUGGCCUCACUGGGGUGACCUCAAGGUGCGCAGGAGGAUGGUGGCGCGGCCCUAGGCCCAGGCCCCGCACCAUGAGCUGCUGGCUGUGCGUCCUGAGCCUGCACCUGCUGCUGCUGCCCGCGGCGCCGCCCCCGGCCGGGGGCUGCCCGGCCCGCUGCGAGUGCACCGCCCCGACGCGCGCCGUGGCCUGUGCGCGCCGCCGGCUCACCGCCGUGCCCGACGGCAUCCCGGCCGAGACGCGCGUGCUGGAGCUCAGCCGCAACCGCAUCCGCUGCCUGAACCCCGGCGACCUGGCGGCGCUGCCCGCGCUGGAGGAGCUGGACCUGAGCGAGAACGUGAUCGCGCACGUGGAGCCGGGCGCCUUCGCCAACCUGCCGCGCCUGCGCGUCCUGCGCCUGCGCGGCAACCAGCUGAAGCUCAUCCCGCCCGGGGUGUUCACGCGCCUGGACAACCUCACGCUGCUGGACCUGAGCGAGAACAAGCUGGUCAUCCUGCUGGACUACACCUUCCAGGACCUGCACAGCCUCCGCAGGCUCGAGGUGGGCGACAACGACCUGGUGUUCAUCUCGCGCCGGGCCUUCGCGGGGCUGCUGGCGCUGGAGGAGCUCACGCUGGAGCGCUGCAACCUCACGGCGCUGUCCGGAGAGUCUCUGGGCCACCUACGGGGCCUGGGCGCCCUGCGGCUGCGGCAUCUGGCCAUCGCCGCCCUGGAGGACCAGAACUUCCGGAGGCUCCCGGCGCUGUUGCACCUGGAGAUCGACAACUGGCCACUGCUGGAGGAGGUGGCCGCGGGCAGCCUGCAGGGCCUCAACCUCACGUCGCUGUCGGUCACCCACACCAACAUCACCGCCGUGCCGGCCGCCGCGCUGCGCCACCAGGAGCACCUGACCUGCCUCAACCUCUCGCACAACCCCAUCAGCACGGUGCCGCGCGGGUCCUUCCGGGACCUGAUCCGCCUGCGCGAGCUGCACCUGGCAGGGGCCCUGCUGGCCGUGGUGGAGCCGCAGGCCUUCCUGGGGCUGCGACAGAUCCGCCUGCUCAACCUCUCCAACAACCUGCUGUCCACGCUGGAGGAGAGCACGUUCCACUCGGUGAACACGCUGGAGACGUUGCGCGUGGACGGCAACCCGCUGGCGUGCGACUGUCGCCUGCUGUGGAUCGUGCAGCGCCGCAAGACCCUCAACUUCGACGGGCGGCUGCCUGCCUGCGCCACCCCGGCCGAGGUGCGCGGCGACGCGCUGCGCAACCUGCCCGACUCCGUGCUGUUCGAGUACUUCGUGUGCCGCAAGCCCAAGAUCCGCGAGCGGCGGCUGCAGCACGUCACGGCCACCGCGGGCGACGACGUGCGCUUCCUCUGCCGCGCCGAGGGCGAGCCGGCACCCACCGUGGCCUGGGUGACGCCCCAGCACCGCGCGGUGACGGCUGCCAGCGCCGGUCGGGCGCACGUGCUGCCCGGGGGCACCCUGGAGAUCCGGGACACGCGGCCGCAGGACAGCGGCACCUACACCUGCGUGGCCAGCAACGCGGGCGGCAACGACACCUACUUCGCCACGCUGACCGUGCAGCCCGAGCCGGUCGCCAACCGGACCCUGGCCGAGGCGCGCAACGAGACGCAGGCGGCCGCGCGCGCGCCGCUGGACCUCACCACCAUCCUGGUGUCCACGGCCAUGGGCUGCAUCACCUUCCUCGGCGUGGUCCUCUUCUGCUUCCUGCUGCUGUUCGUGUGGAGCCGGGGCCGCGGGCAGCACAAGAACAACUUCUCCGUGGAGUACUCCUUCCGCAAGGUGGACGGCCCGGCCGCCGCCGCGGGCCAGGGCGGCGCGCGCAAGUUCAACAUGAAGAUGAUCUGAGGGGUCCCCAGGGGUCCCCCCUCCGCACCCCCACUGGGUCCCGCCCCACCGGGAGGGCCGGGCUGAUUCUACCUAUGCAUUUCCCCAGGGGGAGGGGCGGCUGCAAGGCAGCUCCCGGCAGAACUUCCCGGGUUGUUUUUGUAGACACCCAACCAACCGCAGGACUGUUUUUCAUCCGGAUGCAUCUUUUGCAGUUUCUCAAACAUUUUCUAAAGGUUUCAACCUGUCUUCCUGCCCCUGCUGCGGUGGCCGAGCUGGUGGGGGUGGAAGGAGUGUGAAGAGAUGGGGGGCAUGGGAGCUCAGGGACCCCGGGGUCUUCAGGGCCCACAGCCACACCCAGAACUCCCACCCUGCCCGGCCCCUCUGCACAGCUCACACCCGGGGGGUGGUCUACACCCAGGACCCACCGAGCGCCCACAGCCCUGAGGGGAGUCUGCACCGUUCCCACGUGGGUGGCACACCCAGACCUCACUCGCGCCCGGGCCACCAUCAGACACAAAGCUCAGAGGUGACAUGCGCACACCUCACACCCAGCUGCCACCAAAACCAGGCCCCGGCUCCAGAACUGACCACGGGGGAACCAGGGCUCUCGUGAGUGCUCACAACUGGGCAUGCGCAGCUCACACCUGGGACACGCACAACUCACACCUGGGACACGCUCAUCUCACGCCAGAGACAUGCUAAGCUCACACCUGGGCCAUGCUAAACUCACACUCAGGAUACGCACAGCUCACACCAGGGCUGCACUCAGCUCAACCUGGGACACACUCAUGCUUGGGACAGGCUCAGCUCACACCCAGGACCUACUCAGCUCACACUUGGGACAGGCGUAGGUCAUACUUGAGACACAGUGCACACCUGGAACAGUCACAAAUCACACCAAGGACACACUCAGCUCACACCUGGGACAGGCACAGCUCACCCCAGGUCCUGCUGAGCCAGGCAUCUCCCAGCAGACCUUGGGGACCAGGUUAAGGUCGCGUGGAGCAGGUCAGCCUCAGCCUGAGGGGCCCAGCACUCCCCAGGUGGUCCCUGUCAGGGGUCCCCAUGCCCUGCUCUCCAUCCUCCCACCUGGGCCCCCUGCCCAGCAGAGCCGCCACUAGAAGAAGCCAUUUCCCAGCUUCCCCCCCUCGGCUGCCACCUGCUUCCGUGGGGCAGCCAGCAAGAAGGUGCCCACCCCACACGGGACAGGCAGGUGCCCUGACCCCUGGCCCACGAGCAUGGCUUCUGGGGUGUCAGUGUCCCUUGAACAAGCCAGCUGGAGGGACCUUCAGCCCUGAGUACACACUGACCCUGAGCCAGCCUCGGACAAGCCCUGAGUGUGGCCCCUCAUGCCCAGCCCCCGCUGGCCCAUGGCUCCGGUGCAGAAUGAGAUCAGAGAGCGUGGGUGGUUCUCAGUUCCCUGCUAUGUGCACCGCAGGGGCAGCAAUGGGGACAAGGACAGAGCAAGGGCUUCACACUAUAGGGAGGCCUGGACCUGAGUCCUUGGUCUCUGCAACAUUCAGAGUGGGGCAGACCUAGGACCAGAGUGGGGGUCACAGGCAGAUUGCAGUUUCAGCUAAGGAAGAGCUUCCCCAAGGUCACUGCUCUGUUGCUCUAUAGAUGGUGAGUUCCCCGUCACCAGGGCUAAGCAAACAGGAGCUGAGGUUUUGCAAGAUUCAGACACCAGAUGGGGACCACCCAUGACCCAACCUCCCCAAUCCCAGAUUCCUGCCCCUGCACCCUUCACCUUGGCCAGGCGACAGUUAGGACAAUGUUGGGAGAAGGGGCCCAGGAAACAUCAUGGGGCUUGACCUUGGCCAGAAAGGGGCUUGGCCACUGGGAGGUGAGGACAGGGUCCCAAAGGACUCUCCGGGAGGCUCGAAGCCAGCUCUGCUCCCACCCAGCUUUGCGGUCUCAGCUGCCCACUGAGAACCACUCGCUCAGACCAUCAGUGUCCUCGUCUGUGAAGUGGGUCUGAGGGUCAAACCGGUCGCCCUGUGCUCAGAGGCCAGGCCCGCAGAUGGGCUCCAUGGCUUGAUUGGACCCGGAUCCCCCUAGGCUGCUGCGAUGACGGCCGGAGAGGAAGCCGGCGCAAUCCUGGGGCCUUGAGCAGAGGACUCAGGUGGAGCCUGUUCUCCCUAGGCUGCGGCUGGGGGCGUCGGGAGGCCCCUGGACUGGCCCUGAGUGAGGGGUGAAGACCCUGCAACCCCCAAACUCCACCCCCGAGUUGAGCAGAACUAUUUUUUCCCCCAGCAUCCACCUGACCCUGGUUGCCAUGACAACCCCAAAGGCCCCUCAAAAAAAAAAAAAAAAAA